UUAACCUUGUUCCCCAGCCCAGAGGCAGCCAUGGCUGCAGGGAGCCCUGUGGAAAAUCUCUGGGAAGAAGCAACUUGUCCUCUCUGCCUGGAGUAUUUCACAGCCCCUGUCACUCUGGAGUGUGGGCACAAUUUCUGCCAGGCCUGCAUCAGCAGGUGCUGGGAGGGACCAGGCUCAGCUGCCUCCUGCCCGCAGUGCAGAGAAACUGUGCAGCAAGGCCCCCUCCGGCCCAACAGGCAGCUGGCCAACAUGGUAGAACUAGUCAAGCGGCUGAGCUUGCAGGCACCAAAAGGAGCAGGAGUGGAUGGGGUGUGCGGGGAGCACCAGGAGGCUCUCAAGCUGUUCUGUGAAGAGGAUCAGACUUCGAUCUGUGUGAUUUGCCAUCUGUCCCAGGCUCACCGUGCUCACAGGGUGGUGCCCAUAAGGGAAGCAGCCCAGGAGUACCAGGAAAAAAUCCAGGCCCAUUUGAAGACUCUGAGAGAAGAGAGAGAAAAGCUGCUGGGAAGGAAAGUGACGGGACAGGGGAGAAGCCAGGAGUAUCUGAUACAGACACAAGCUGAGAGGCAGAAAGUUGUGGCUGAAUUUCAGCAGCUGCGGCAGUUCCUGGAUGAACAAGAGCAACUCCUGCUGGCCCAGCUGGAGAAGCUGGAUGAGGAGAUUGGGAGGCUCCAGACUGAAACUCUCAGGAAACUCUCUGGGCAGAUCUCCUGUGUCAGCGAGUGGAUCAGUGAGCUGGAGGGAAAGUGUCAGAAGCCAGCGAGUGAAUUCCUCCAGGAUGUCAGAAGCACCUUGAGCAGGUGUGAGACGGGGCCGUUUCAGCCACCAGAGGAGAUUUCUCUUGAACUGGACGAGCGAGUCAGGGGUUUCUCCCAGCAAACGACUGCGCUGUCGGAGACGCUGAGGGAGUUCACAGACACGCUGCCCUCUGCACUGGACAGAGGAAGAGGACCUUUUAGACAGGCAACUGUGACUCUGGAUCCAGACACGGCUCAUCCCAACCUAGUCCUGUCUGAGGAUCAGAAACAUGUGAGACGGGAACAUACCCGGAAGCCACUGCCCAACAACCCUGAGAGAUUUGACUCUGUGUAUUGUGUGCUGGGACAUGAGGGAUUCACCUCUGGGAGACAUUGCUGGGAGGUGGACAUGGAGGUGGGGGGUGGACAAUGCUGGGCUGUGGGGGUGGCCAGGGAAUCUGUGGGGAGGAAGGGAGGGAUCAGCCUUAGCCCUGAGGGGGGGAUCUGGGCUGUGCAUUGGGGCUGGGAUCAGUUCCAGGCUCUCACCUCCCCUGAGACUCCCCUGCCCCUAAGCGCCCCCUGUAGGAUCCGGGUUUGUCUGGAUUGUGACUGGGGACAGGUGACAUUUAUCGAUGCUGGUGCCGAAGCCCCAAUCUUCACUUUCCCACCAGGCUCCCUCCCUGGGGAGAGAAUCCGACCCUGGCUGGGGGUGUGGACAGACUCCCCACUCAGCCUGUGCCCCUCAAAUCAGCCUCUCUGACCUCACACACCCAGUCUCUGUGACUCUGGAGGACUCUCCUGUACCCAGCCCCUGGCUUCUCAUCUCCAUGAUGCCUGAAAGCUCCUCCACCUCCCUCCCUGCAGCCCCAGGAAUGGGAGGGGGAAGGAAAAAAAUCCCU